AUGCUGAGGCUGCUUGUAAAGCAGAUCAUGGAAGAAGCUGUCACCCGGAAAUUUGUACAUGAAGACAGCAGUCACAUCAUCGCCUUAUGUGGUGUUGUGGAAGCGUGUCUCCUGCACAUGCUGAAGCGCAGGGCUGCCGGCUUCCUGCGGACUGACAAGGUGGCUGCGCUGUUCACCAAAGUUGGCAAGACGUAUGCAAUAGCUGGAGACAUAUGCAAGAAAGUGCAGGAACUGCAGCAGCAGGUAGAAGGCAGGAAAAAUCAGCCAAAUGGGCAGGAGCCCCUCAAGAGGCAGGGAUCAGCCACAAGCAAAAUGCCUGUCCUGACACCUCAGGCCAUCAAACACAUAUGGGUUCGGACAGCAUUGAUUGAGAAAGUGCUCGACAAGAUUGUGCAGUAUAUUGUUGAUAACUGCAGUAAAUAUUACGAAAAAGAAGCUUUACUGGCAGAUCCUGUUUGUGGCCCCAUACUGGCUUCUCUCCUAGUUGGACCAUGCGCUCUGGAGUACACCAAGCUAAAAACAGCUGAUCACUAUUGGACAGACCCUUCAGCAGAUGAGCUUGUUCAACGACACCGGAUUCAUGGAGUACAUGGCCGCCAAGACUCUCCUUCGAAGCGCCCAGCCCUGGGAAUCCGGAAACGACAUUCAAGUGGGAGCAUGUCAGAAGAUCGCUUUGCUGCUUCGGCAAGAGAGUAUGUGGAGUCUUUGCACCAGAAUUCCCGAACACACCUCUUGUAUGGGAAAAACAAUGUCUUAGUCCAGCCGAAAGACGACUUGGAGGCAAUUCCUGGGUAUCUCUCCCUUCAUCAAUCAGCAGAUAGUUUGACUUUAAAAUGGACUCCAAAUCAGCUGAUGAAUGGAACCCUUGGAGAUUCAGAGCUGGAGAAAAGUGUUUACUGGGACUACGCAUUAAUAGUGCCACUCAGCCAGAUCGUCUGCAUUCACUGCCAUCAGCAACAAAGCAGAUGGACGUUAGUCUUGGUGAGUCAGGAUGGAACUCAGAGACCUCCGCUGCACUUCCCCCAAGGAGGUCACCUCCUCGCAUUUCUUUCCUGUCUGGAAAAUGGUCUUCUGCCUCGUGGUCAGCUAGAACCACCACUUUGGUCCCAACAGGGCAAGGGUAAGGUAUUUCCAAAGCUUCGAAAACGGAACAGCAACAAAUCAGUGGACCUAGAGGAAAUGCCAGCUGAAGAUGCUUCUACAGACUAUGUGUUCAGAAUUAUCUAUCCAGGACACAAGCAUGAUAACAACGCCAGCGAAAUGAUAGAGAUGCAAGGCUUUGGGGCAAACUUGCUUUCGUGGCAGCUGGAGCACUGCAGCCAAGGCUCCUCAUGUGUCUCCUGUUCAACGGGCAGCUCUCCCUAUGAUAUACCCAGCUGCUGCAACUGCAUCCAUGAUAGAACUCCAUUGAAGAUGUUGUGUGAAAGCAUGAAGAGGCAAAUAGUUUCCAGAGCCUUUUAUGGAUGGCUUGCCUACUGCCGCCAUUUGUCGACAGUGCGAACACAUCUGUCUGCCCUCGUGAACCACACUAUUAUCCCACCUGACAAACCAUCCAGUGCUGCAGGAGGCCUGACUAAAGAGGUCUGGAGCAAGUAUCAGAAGGACAAGAAGAAUUACAAGGAACUGGAAUUACUAAGAAGAGUUUACUACGGUGGGGUACAGCAUGAGAUUCGAAAGGAAGUAUGGCCAUUCUUGUUAGGUCACUAUAAAUUCGGCAUGGCCAAAAAGGAGAUGGACCAGGUGGAUGAAGACAUUGCUCUCCGGUAUCAGAAGGUCAUGGCUGAGUGGAAAGCCUGUGAGGUCAUUGUAAAGCAGCGAGAGAAAGAAUCGCAUUCUGCCACACUGGCAAAGUUUUCGUCAGGCAGCAGCAUUGACAGCCAUGUCCAGCGACUGAUUCACAGGGACUCUACCAUCAGCAACGAUGUCUUUAUAUCUGUAGAUGAAAUGGACUCAGCGGAGCGGGACUCAAAAGGUCAGGACGACCCCACUUUCACCGUGGUGUCUGCCGACACGCCAGCAGCAGUAGCUGCCAUAGAGCAACAGUCUGUGGAGUUUGACUCCCCCGACUCUGGGCUGCCAUCCUCGAGGAACUACUCUGUGGCCUCGGGCAUCCUGUCCAGUAUUGAUGACGGACAGAGUGUCUCCUUCGAAGAUGGGGCUGAAGAAACGGCUAGCACUGACUUGGAAAGGACUGACCCAGACACACCACGUAUGCAGAAAGCCAAGUCAGUUGUACUGCAGUCUCAGGAUUCUGUAUCAGAAGAGCAGCUGUGUUCCCAGGUGGAUUAUUUAAUGGAUGUUGCUUCUGUCUGCGCUGCAUCCUACACAAUAGAGUUAUUGGACACUGUUGCCUUAAAUUUGCACAGAAUUGAUAAAGAUGUCCAGAGAUGUGAUCGGAAUUACUGGUAUUUUACUGCUGAUAACCUGGAGAAGCUCCGAAAUGUCAUGUGCAGUUAUGUUUGGGAGCACCUAGAAGUUGGUUAUGUUCAAGGCAUGUGUGACCUCCUGGCUCCUUUGAUGGUUGUACUUGACAAUGAUCAACUGGCUUACAGCUGCUUCAGCCACCUGAUGAAGAGGAUGAGCCAGAACUUCCCCAAUGGAGGUGCUAUGGACACACACUUUGCCAACAUGCGGUCCCUAAUCCAAAUUCUAGACUCAGAGCUUUUUGAAUUGAUGCACCAGAAUGGAGAUUACACUCACUUUUACUUCUGCUAUCGCUGGUUCCUGCUCGACUUUAAAAGAGAAUUGUUGUACGAGGAUGUAUUUACAGUGUGGGAAGUUAUUUGGGCAGCAAAGCACAUCUCUUCAGAACAUUUUGUCCUUUUCAUUGCCUUAGCACUUGUGGAAGUUUAUCGAGAGAUUAUCCGUGAUAACAACAUGGACUUCACUGAUAUCAUCAAGUUUUUUAAUGAAAUGGCAGAGCAUCAUAAUGCCGAGGAAAUUCUGAGGAUAGCAAGAGACCUUGUCUACAAAGUACAGACACUGAUUGAAAAUAAGUGAUAAUGAACAGACUGU